UACACUUCAGUUUACUCUGCAGUCUUUAGCCGGCAGCAAGACAACAUGGACGUCAGAGCUCUGUGCAUUAGGCUGUUGAUGACCAUUGUGAUUCUGCUUGGUGUACAGGAUCAGAAAAUUGAUGCAGUUUCUCUUCGUGUUGUUCCAAACAGAUUGCAGUUCUUUGAAUAUGAAUCAGUAACAUUUUACUGUGAAGGAGUCGAUUAUUGUGAAGUUGUGCAUAAAUUUAAAGGGAAAAUAAAAUCAUGUAACAGAACUAACGUGAAGACACCAACAGGAUCAUCCUGCAAGAUGAAAACUCUUUAUACAGACGACAGUGGAGAGUACUGGUAUGAGACUGAAGGAGGAAUAAGAAGUAACAUUAUCAACAUUUGUGUCACUAAUGGUCCUGUGAUCCUGGAGAGUCCUGCUGUUCCUGUGUUAAUGGAGGAAACUGUGACUCUGAGCUGCAGAAACAAAACUGCUUCCUCCAACUUUACAGCUGAUUUCUACAAAGAUGGAGGUCACAUCUGUAGAAGCUCCACAGGAAACAUGACCAUCCACGGAGUUUCAAAAUCAGAUGAAGGACUUUACAAGUGUAACAUCUCAGGAGCUGGAGAAUCACCAGAGAGCUCGCUGAAUAUCACAGGUGAAACAAAGACAAACGAAAGUGAAGCAAAACUGUUGAGCCUGACACAUAACUAUUUAAAUGUGUCAGCCUGA